AUGGUCGCCCAUCUAAUUAGCGGUUCAACUCGGGGCCCCAAAAGGCUUUCUUUGAAAAUGGAAACUAAUAAAGCUUCAAAAGAGCGGCUACAAAAGAUUGAGAAUGAUUUGAUCACGCUCAAAGACAAACAGAUUAGAUUCAGUGAGCAAUGGCAAAUAGAAAAGUCUCUUAUUGCUAGAAUACGUUCAUUUAAAGAAGAGAUGGAUGAAGUAAACCAGGAAAUUGAGUACGCUGUAUGGGAAUCUGAUGAAAAACGUGUUGAUGAGCUUAAGUAUGGAACACUUGUAUCCCUUCAACGCCAGUUAGAAGAAGCUAAAAAGAACCUCGUGAACUCUCGCGAAUCUGAACUGUCACUAGUCGAAGAAGAGGUAACUGACCUUCACAUAGCAGCGAUAGUAAGCAAGUGGACUGGUAUUCCACUGUCUAGUCUUCAGCAAUCUGAGAGAGAAAAGCUGGUCAUGUUGGAACAAAUGCUCCACAAGAGAGUUAUAGGUCAAGACUUGGCUGUAGAAUCAGUAGCAGAUGCUAUCCGUUGUUCGAAAGCUGGUCUUUCAGAUCCUAACCGCCCAAUAGCCAGUUUUAUGUUCAUGGGUCCAACAGGUGUUGGUAAAACCGAGCUUGCCAAGGCUUUAUCUGGAUAUCUUUUCAACAAUGAAAACGCAAUAGUGAGGCUAGAUAUGAGUGAGUACAUGGAAAAAAUUUCAGUCUCACGUCUCGUUGGUGCACCACCGGGCUAUGCGGGUUACGAAGAGAGUGGGUUAUUAACUGAAGCUGUUCGGAGGAGACCUUACUCAGUGGUUUUGUUUGAUGAGAUCGAGAAAGCUCACCCUGAUGUCUUUAAUGUCUUGCUACAACUACUAGAUGACGGAAGAAUAACUGACUCUCAUGGGAGGACAGUAAGUUUCACAAACUGCUUUGUAAUAAUGACUUCUAAUAUAGGGUCUCAACACAUACUUGAGACUAUUCGCAGCAAUAAUGAAGAUAGCAAAGAAGCUGUUUAUGAAAUGAUGAAGCAUCAAGUUGUGGAGUUAGCAAGACAAACGUUCAGGCCAGAGUUCAUGAAUAGAGUUGAUGAAUACAUAGUUUUCCAACCUUUGGAUUCAAGAGAAAUAUCGAAAAUCGUGGAGUUGCAAAUGAUACGAGUGAAGAAUAGAUUGGAACAGAAUAAAAUUAAUUUUCAGUACACGAAAGAAGCGGUGGAUCUCCUUGGUCAGCUUGGGUUUGAUCCCAACAAUGGGGCAAGACCAGUGAAGAGAGUGAUUGAUAAGAUUGUGAAAAAGGAGAUCGCCGUCAAAGUCUUGAAAGGAGAGUUUGCACAGGAAGACACUAUUCUUCUGGAAGUUGACCACACAAAUAACAAACUGGUCAUCAAGAAGCUCGAGAAUAAUGCUCCCAUUGAAGAAAUGGCAGCUUAA